CAACUACAAAGAACAGACCUAUGAUUUGACGUUUUCACUGGUUUUCACAGCAAAUUGGUCGAAAAGCCGCGGACGGGAAGCGUAAUCGCCGAUUUCUGUAUUUUCUGUAUAAGCGAACAUGGCGCGUGGUAGUAGUGCUGGUUUUGACAGGCAUAUCACGAUCUUUUCACCGGAAGGCCGGCUGUACCAAGUAGAAUACGCCUUUAAAGCUAUCAAUCAAGGUGGCCUGACGUCUGUAGCCGUCAAAGGGGUCGAGACAGCAGUUUUUGCAACACAGAAGAAAGUGCCUGACAAGUUACUUGAUGCAUCCAGUGUCACUCAUGUAUUUCAGCUGACCGACUACAUCGGUUGUGUCAUGACUGGUAUGAUAGCCGACAGCAAGUCUCAAGUACAACGUGCGCGAUACGAAGCAGCUCAUUUUAAAUACAAGUAUGGCUACGAGAUACCUGUAGACGCUUUGUGUCAGCGUAUCGCAGACAUUAGUCAAGUAUAUACACAAAAUGCAGAGAUGCGACCUCUUGGAUGUUCCAUGAUGCUUAUUGCAUAUGACAAAGAGAAAGGUCCAUGUAUUUAUAAGGCCGAUCCAGCGGGAUAUUUUUGUGGGUAUAGAGCUAUCUCCGUUGGAGCAAAACAAACGGAAGCUAAUUCCUAUCUCGAGAAAAAAUUAAAGAAGAAACAAAACUAUGAUUACGACGAGACUAUACAACUAGCCAUUACUUGUCUGUCUACAGUCUUGUCUGUAGACUUUAAACCAACUGAAAUUGAAGUAGGAGUUGUAUCAAAGGACAAUCCCAAAUUCCGUAUACUGACCGAGCAAGAGAUUGAUAAACAUUUAACCGCAAUUGCCGAAAAGGAUUGAUAAUGUUGUAUACAAUUCAUAAGAAAUAAAUAUGUCCUGCCU